UUAACAGGCUUGGGGAUCCCAUGAAUUGGGAUAUAGUAAUCUUCAAGUUCUUUAUAAGUUCAGCAUUAUUUGAAUUCCUAUCUUAGUGUCAAUAUCCUGCACUUCAAACUUUGUUUCGAAAUAAUAGUGGUAAACUAAACAUUUGAAGUAAGGAUCUUCCAUUAAUUUAUGGAGUUUGGCCUUAUUGUAGCUGCUGUAUGCAUCUCCAAAACUAUUAGCUCUCUUAUUUCUAUGAUUGCCAAUAAAGAAGAUUGAAUCAAGAACAUUAAUGAACUCUUCAUUUGGCUCCAUUCCAAACUCUUGGCUAAUGUAUUUAGGGAGAAAAUUUAUCAAUUCUUUUUUCUGGAGUUUUACUCUAGAUGUCAGCUGGGCAAUUCUCUUGAGUCUAUCUCAAUGGAACCUCCUGAUUUUUCGAAGUCAUGAUUUCAUGACAAUAUCUUUCCUCUUUUUAAGUCCAUUCAAUUCAGGUUUUCUUCCUUUCUUUUUAAAUUCAACUGUUGAGGCUUCUAGUGAAUGCACAGAUUCCAUAUGGGUUGGAUCUCUUGAUUCAUUUUGUGGAAAUAAAUUAAAAGAAGUAGAUACUUUUAAUUGGUUAUUCGUAUUAUCUCUUAGUAAAGAAUCUCCCAGUAGCAUAUCUCCAGGUCUUGACUUUUCUUUAAGGCCUUCAUCAUAUUUUUCGCUGGUCCAAGACUCAUCGCAAACCCCAAAAGUUGGAUGAGGGAAAGCCUUCCAGUCCAGAUAAUCUUUCUCACAGUAUAUUUUAUCUUGUUUGACAGAAUUCUGAAUAUUUCGAUUUA